CCGCGGCGGCGCUCCUAGCGCGGAGAGGGGCGCCGGUGUCCGCCGCCAUGGGGCGGUACUCGGGGAAGACGUGCCGCCUCAUCUUCAUGCUGGUGCUGACCACCGGCUUCUUCGCAGCCGAGCUGGUGUCGGGCUACAUGGGCAACUCCAUCGCGCUGGUAUCCGACUCGUUCAACAUGCUGUCGGACCUCAUCUCGCUCUGCGUGGGGCUGUCCACCGGGCGCAUCGCCCGCCGCUCCCGCCGAGGCCCCCGCGCCACCUACGGCUACAGCCGAGCCGAGGCGGUGGGCGCCCUCAGCAACGCCGUCUUCCUCACCGCCCUCUGCUUCACCAUCUUCGUGGAAGCCGUGCUGCGCCUCGCCCGGCCCGAGCGCAUCGACGACGCCCAGCUGGUGCUCAUCGUCGGUGCCCUGGGGCUGGCCGUCAACCUAGUGGGGCUGCUCGUCUUCCAGAACUGGGCCGCCUGCUGCCGCUGCUGCCACCGCUCCGAGACCCCUGCAGGGCGGGCGGUCGGGCCGUCGGAUGGCACCGCCGAAGCAGGUGAAUCACCUAAUGACCAAAAAAGCCCUGAGGAGGGGCCUGCGAGAAAAGUAGAGAAAAAGUCCGAAGCUUUGAACAUCAGAGGUGUUCUUUUGCAUGUUAUGGGAGAUGCACUUGGAUCUGUUGUUGUGGUAAUUGCUGCUACAAUCUUCCAAGUGCUUCCUCUGGAUGCUAGUGCUCCCUGUAACUGGCAGUGCUACAUUGAUCCAAGUCUGACAAUAAUUAUGGUGUUCAUAAUCUUGUCUUCGGCGUUCCCACUCAUCAAAGAGACCUCAAUUAUUUUGUUGCAGAUGGUUCCCAAAGGUGUUAAUAUGCAACAACUGACUGACAGGCUAGCUUGCAUCCCAGGGGUUAGCAGCCUUCAUGAGGUGCAUGUGUGGGAGCUUGCAGGUGGCAAGAGCAUUGCUACUCUUCAUGUCAAGUGCCAAACACCUACUGAUUACCAAGAUGCUGCCUAUAAAAUACGGAAGGUUUUCCAUGAAGCAGGGGUUCACUCUGUGACCAUCCAACCUGAGUACAUUGACCACAAGACCUCCAGUCUCCUGUGCAGCUCACCUUGCAUCUCAAAAGCUUGUGACUCUCAGCUCUGCUGCAGUCAACAGGACGCACCACUGGUUAAAACUAAUGGCUAUACUGAAAAAAAUGAUAGCUGCCUUUCUGCACAGCGUAAAGAAAAUGGUUCAAGUAAAAGUGAUAUUGAAAUCCAUGUUGACUCUCCACUGGCAGAGAAUGGUGUUAAAGACAUGAAAAAUGGCGAAAUGUCUGAUGAUAAGUCACAGUUGAGCAGUACACGAUUUUAAACAGUUCUGUCUACUCUGAAAAAUAUUUUCAUAGAAUAAACAUGGCCAGGCAGAGAAGUGUAUCAGCAGUGGUUGUAGCUGAAGGUGGUAUGGCAAAAAGAUUUCUGUGCUGUAGCUGUAAACCAAAAUGCACCAAAAAAAGCAUGCAUCUGAGAUGAGGCUCAGUAUUUCCAUAAAAUGUGUUGCGUUCAUCUAAGAUUUUUUUCUGAUACAGCCUAGCACAGUUCCUAAUCAAACUGUGUGUUUGUUCCUAUUGCCUGAAUGGGCAAGGUGUAUUGUUGUCUACCCUGAUGCUUGCAGUGUAUGGCCAGUACCACUGGGAAUGAAAACGAGCUGCUGCCUGAGAGCUCUGUAGCAAGUUAAUGAUUGUACUGGGCUGAAGUACUCUGUGUUUAUAAUGGACUUAAGCAGAGAUGUUUUACUGAUCCUCAGAACCAACUUUGCAUAUCCAGUAACUUGUGCUUCUGAAGCUUGUGAACGAAACUAAGGGUGCCUGAAUGAUGGGAGAGCACUCGGGAAUAGUUGGCUUGCAUUAUUUUCUUGACUUCUGUGUUUGGGGGUGGAGCAGGAAAUGGUCUUACUUCUCUAUUAGUAAUACUGGAACUUUAGCCUAAUCACAGAUACUCGAUGCUUAAGAACAUGCACUGUGUCAUGAAAGUAAGGAAUUAUUUAGCCUUGUCUAUAUUGAUUCUAACAGAUAAAAAUGCAAGCAAUCAUCCAAUUAACUUUUGAUCUGGUUCACUGUUGUGAUUACACAACUCAGUUCUUACCCUUCUCCUCCCUUCCGAACAACAGAAGUUGAAACAGAAACAAUGUUAAUUCAUUACCAUGGGGAACGAUUGCAGUAUAUUUAAUUCUAGCAUCUGUCCUUAUCCCUGCUGAACAAAUAAACUAGUCUGUCUAUUAUGAGUAGUUGCAAACUCUGCAAUUCUAUUACUGAGACAGUUUUAUAUUCACUGAGAAAUUCCAUUUGAAGCUUUAUAAAACAAUGUUAUCACUUAGAGGGAACUUUUUUAAUAUUAAAAAAAGAACAAAUCUGGGAGCUUUUUCUAUUUUAUUCCUAAUUAUUUGUUGAUUUAUUGAAAAAAAUCUAAGCCCUCCCUCUGCCCAGUUGUGCAUGCCCAGUCACCAAAUGUUGGAUUUUGGUUCUGCUCUCUAGCUUUUCGGGGGAGGGAGUCCCACUACCUAAUCUAUGCUGAGUGUAGUUCUUAGCCUCCAGAAGCUUUCAAAUACAUUUUUGCAAUUGAAAGCAGCUUUUCAGUGCUCCUGUGGCCUGGACAGGCUAUUUAGGUAGCUAUUCCUGAAGACAUCUUUGUAAAAUAGAGGUAUCUUUAACUCAGGGACAAAACAGUAGAAAGGGCAAAUCAAUCCCCUGCUGGGCUGGGGAAAUACUGGGGCUUCCUUGCAAGGCUGGCUUGGAAGCAGACAAGUCCUUAAUAAGGAUGAUUACAUUAAAUCAAUGAAUAUUCAAACACACAGCAGGGUAUUUUGCUGCUUGGAAAAUUGUGUUUACUCGAGCAGUGUGAUAACAGCUUAAAUUGCACACUUCUAGUUUGUAUUUACCCUUCUUGAGCAGUUCCUGGAUGAAUUAAAGUAUUCAUAGCCUUUAUGAUGGGUUUUAAAUAUAAAAAUUGAUCUGUAUCCUAAUGCUAUUAAAACCUUCAUCCUCCCAUUCUGUUUGAUCCUGUUUGCAGCUCUUGCACAAAUUAUGAAAAUCAGGAAGCACUACAACAACUGCCCUGCUCUUUGAGAGGAUGUGAAGUAAGACAGCCCUUACUUCAGGUUUCUUGUCCUCAUUUUUGUCUGUGAUGAGAUCUAAAUAAGGGGCUUAGAUUUCAAUAACAAAUAUAUAGGUUUAUUUUCUGUGAACUGGAACAGAAAGCUCCCAAAAUAUCAACAAAAUCUGUGCAGGAAUUUACAGCUCACAUGCUCUCUAAAACAAGCAACCUUUCUUAAUUAUGCAUUUGUCUCUUAAAUCAAGUAAUCUUUUUAUAUAUGCAUUUUAUUAAAUGGUUUAAAGGUUGGACUGUCAGUAUAGUUUUACUCUGGAAUUAGAGAAAAUGAGUGUGUGUAAUGUUGGGCAUUUGAUGAAAUACACCAUCUUCAUCUUUCCAAUGUUUAUUGAAACAGUGGUUAUCUAUUUUUUUAAGUUUUUGAAGUGUUGUAACUUGAAAAUACAAUGAAGUAACAUAAACAA